UUGGACUGAAGAUGGAAACACUGGAGUCCGAGCUGACAUGCCCAAUCUGCCUGGAGUUGUUUGAGGACCCGCUGCUCCUGCCCUGUGCCCACAGUCUCUGUUUCAACUGCGCCCACCGCAUCCUCGUUUCCCACUGCUCCAGCACCAAACCUCUCGAGUCCAUCUCCGCCUUCCAGUGCCCCACCUGCCGUUACGUCAUCACUCUCAACCAGCGCGGCCUGGAGGGCCUCAAACGCAAUGUGACGCUGCAGAACAUCAUCGACCGUUUCCAGAAGGCCUCCGUCAGCGGGCCCAACUCCCCCAGCGAGAGCCGGCGGCCGCGGCCCUUCAGCGCCAGCGUGAGCGUGAGCUUGAGCGGGCGGGGCAGCCCCGCCAGCAGCAGCGCCAUGUCGGCGGAACGCGUGGCCUGCCAGUUCUGCGAGCAGGAGCCUCCGCGCGAGGCCGUCAAGACCUGCGUGACGUGCGAGGUGUCGUACUGCGACCGCUGCCUGCGCGCCACGCACCCCAACAAGAAACCCUUCACCAGCCACCGCCUGGUGGAGCCCGUGGCCGACGCCCACCUGCGCGGCCUGGCCUGCCUGGAGCACGAGAACGAGAAGGUGAACAUGUACUGCGUGGUGGACGACCAGCUCAUCUGCGCCCUCUGCAAACUGGUCGGACGACACCGCGAGCACCGGGUCACCUCGCUCAGCGAACGCUUUGACAAGCUGAAGCAAACCCUGGAGAAUAACCUGGCCAAUCUGGUGAAGAGGAACAGUGAACUUGAGGACCAGAUGGCCAAACUCAUCCAGAUUUGUCAACAGGUGGAGGUGAACACGGCCAUGCACGAAGCCAAACUGGUGGAGGAGUGCGAUGAACUGGUGGAGAUCAUCCGGCAGAGGAAACAAGUCAUCGCCGUCAAGAUCAAAGAGUCCAAGGUUAUGAAGCUGCGUAAGCUGGCUCAACAGAUCGCUAACUGCCGGCAGUGCCUGGAACGUUCCAGUGCCCUCAUCACCCAAGCAGAACACAGCCUGAAAGAGAACGACCACGCCCGCUUCCUCCAGACUGCCAGAAACGUGGCAGAGAGGGUUGCCAUGGCCACCGCAUCCUCGCAGGUCCUCAUACCAGAUGUCAAUCUGAACGAGGCCUUCGACAAUUUUGCCCUCGACUUCUCCCGGGAGAAGAAAAUUCUGGAAGGCCUGGAUUACCUAACAGCACCCAACCCACCGUCUAUAAGAGAGGAGCUGUGCACUGCUUCCCACGAUACGAUCACCGUACACUGGACGUCAGAGGAUGAGUUUAGCGUCACCUCUUACGAGCUCCAGUAUACCAUCUACACGGGCCAGACCAACUUCAUCAGUGAGUCAGAGACACGAAACAUUCUCGCCUUUACACGUCCCAGAGGUCUGUAUAAUUCAGUGGACAGCUGGAUGAUCGUGCCCAACAUUAAGCAGAAUCAUUACACAGUACAUGGACUGCAGAGUGGAACUCGUUAUAUCUUCUUUGUCAAAGCCAUCAACCAGGCAGGCAGCAGGAACAGUGAGCCAGCUCGCCUCAAGACCAACAGUCAGCCGUUUAAAUUAGACCCAAAGACGGCCCAUAAGAAGCUUAGACUGUCCAAUGACUGUCUGACCAUGGAGAAAGACGAGAGCUCUCUGAAGAAAAGCCACACCCCCGAACGCUUCAGCAGCACCGGGGCGUACGGCGCCGCCGGUAACGUCUUCAUCGACAGCGGCUGUCAUUACUGGGAGGUGCUACUGGGAGCCUCGACAUGGUACGCCGUGGGCGUGGCUUACAAAUCGGCCCCGAAGAACGAGUGGAGCGGCAAAAACUCCUCCUCGUGGGUUUUCUCCCGCUGCAACAAUAACUUUGUGGUGAGACACAACGGGAAGGAGAUGCUGGUGGAGGCGUCUCUCCAGCUGCGGAGGCUCGGCGUGCUCCUGGACUACGACAACAACGCGCUCUCCUUCUACGACGCGAUGAGCUCCCAGCACCUCCACACCUUCGACAUCUCCUUCCUGCUGCCCGUGGCUCCCACCUUCAUGAUCUGGAACAAGUCGAUAAUGAUCCUGUCGGGCCUCCCCGUGCCCGACUUCGUGGACUGCCCCGAGCAGCAGGAGGGCAUGUGCCGCCAGCAGGAGUCACCCUACGUCUCGGGCAUGAAGGGCUGCCACUGAGGCUUCCACCUGGGGCAGGGUCGUUCCAGGGUCUCCUGGAACUCUCCA